AUGUCCCCGCCAGUGUCUCGAAUACGGAUGCCUAGUGGCUCGGAAGACCAACCUGGGAAUGGUGGGAUGUUUGUCUUCGACUCCAAAUUGGCCCCCAAGACAAGUUCCAGUCGCAUUUCUAAACGCAACCAUUCAGAUGAGCUACAUGAACUCAGGAAUCGAUUACGAACGCUAGAACAUGCCUUAUCAAAGUCGAAUGCUAUUCAAACACCCGACACAUCAGUGGGUGAUUUUAUUUCAGAAAAUUGUACGUCCCAACACAGUUCAGAUGCAGCUGGUGUGGAAGACCGUGUGCGCUUUCUUCCCGACUCUAGUUUUCGAGGCAAGAACGGCAAGACUCGGUAUUUCGGGCGCAGCCAUUACACUACAACGGUAUCUUUUUUUCAAGAUAUUGGUUCAUUCUUGCGACGUGGCCAUAAGAACCAAAAAGACAAGGAACUCCACGACAUGAAGAAGUUCAAAUGUGAACUCUGGUCUCGCGAAAGUCAAAGUCAUCAACGAGCCUUCAGAGACCAGGCCUUCAGCUUGCACGAGAUGGUACCAGCCAGGAACGUCGCGGAUGAGCUUCUUCAACUUUACUUGGACAGUUUCGAAACGACGUAUCGCGUUUUACACAUUCCGACCUUCAUGAAGCAGUACUCUGAUUACUGGGAUUACCCCCAGAAGCCUGACAUGGCAUUUGUCGCUCAGCUGCUGGCUGUUUUGGCAGCAGGAAGCUGUUUUCAUAUGUCCAUGGAGGCUGAAGCUCGUGAGACUUACCAAACACCCGCCAUGAAAUGGAUCAUGGGCGUUCAAUCCUACAUCUCCUGCUCCUUUGUGAGCCCAGAAAUUAAUCUUCGGAUGCUCCAAACACAGACGCUCUUGCUGGUGGCCCGUCUUGGGGUUGCCAAUGACGGAGAUGUAGCCUGGGCAUCAUCAGGGUCGCUCAUUCGUUCUGCAAUGACAAUGGGUUUACAUCGCGACCCAACCCGUUUCCGCAAGGGGGGCUCGCCCAUUUUGAUCUCUCUGGACCGAGGUGUUACUCCGUCAGUUGAUCUUGAUGAAUGCGACUGUGAUGCACCCUCCAAUUGGGACGAUGCGGAUUUAGUCGAGAGCCUGGAGAAUAACCCAACUCCUCUCAGCACGGCGACGUACACUCGAAACUUCUACCAGACCCUUCUCUCAAAGUCAUUACCACUACGAUAUCUGAUCGCAAAGAAAAUCAACAAAUUGAAAUUCGAUCUCUCAUACGAUGAUGCCCUGCGAAUGGGUGAAGAAAUGCUCAGCUUUGUGAAGCAUGCCACAUCACUAUUCGAAGACAAUGCAUCGAGCAUUAACCCCUCCGAUGCUACACGGCAUCAAUUCGCUCAAUCCAUUCACAUGUUCAUCAUGCGCAAAUAUCUCCUUGCGCUUCACCGCCCCUUCUCGCUUAGCGUUGUACGGCUACCGAAAUGUUCUUAUUCCCGGAAGAUCUGCCUAGAAGGGUCUUUAGAGAUUUUAUCUCUGAUGGAACUUCCAUUGACACCGAAUGCCAUUCAGUAUCCGCACAUCACACAGCUAGGAAGUGGUAUGUUCCGUGACGAAGUCUUCCAUGCAGCCAGCACUGUCUGCGUGGAAUUAUCCCUUCAAGCUCAAGAAAUGAGCCACCCGGGCUCAGCAAUGGAAGGAAUGAACUCUAGCGUGUUGAUGAGCAUGGUCCAGUCUCAACAGACUGUGAUGUUAGAUGGAGUCGAACGUACCCUUCACGACUUUGGUCGGCGAAUCAGAGCCGCUGGAACAGGGACCAAGCCUUACUUCUUCUUGAGUAUUAUUCUCGCCUCGGUUAAGUCCCGCAUCAAGGGAGAGGAUCCCCUGAGCCAGGUAGAGGCUGCGUCUAAGAAGGCGGUUCGAAUCUCUAAAGGCAGAUUGAAUGGCCUUUCAUAUUCUGAUGCGCUCGCUUUUGCAGAGAACCAGCCCACACAGACCCCCGUGGUCCCUGACGGAACAACCCCGAUUUCUGCAUCUUCUCUUGACCUUGACCUUCCGUCUCUUUUGUCAACGGACUUUGGUGAUUUAGCAUCUAUGGAUUUGGGAGGCUGGUUUGACGGUCUGGAUACCGCAAACACGGAAUUAUGGGAUAACAACCUCUUUGGAAACCUUCCUCCCAUCCCAUAA